UUAAAAACUAGUGCACUACGUAGGCUUCAGCGCGUUACUAUUCUAAGGGGAAUGUAGUGCGUAUGUAUAGCAAGGUAAUGUUGAUUUGGAAUACGGCCGCUGUCUGUGGUUUCCGAACCGGAAACAGUGGUUCGGUCUGUGCCGUGUUGAGUUCCAGGACAGGAGAAGCGGAUGUGAGCCGUUACCAGGUGGAUCUCCUGCACGACGAGCAUCACACAAUAAGAUUUUAUUUAGUUUAAAAUGUAGCUUUCUAAAGGACGAGAUUUCGACCUUUUUCCACCAACGACUCGGAACCUGCGCUUUGCUCGGAGUUGUGAUAGAGUGAUGCCGGCUACAGUGAGCUGUGAUUGCCCGCACCUGGAGUGCGUUGGAGAGAUCACUAAAGAGGAGCUCAUCCAGAAGUCUCAUGGCCAGUGUCAGGAUUGUAAAGUCGGUGGGCCGAAUCUCUGGGCCUGUCUGGAAAAUGGCUGCGCUUAUGUCGGUUGCGGAGAGUCUCACGCUGACCACAGUACGGUCCACUCUCAGGAGACUCAGCACAACCUGACCGUGAACCUGACCACACUGAGGGUUUGGUGUUAUGCCUGUUACAAGGAAGUCUUCCUGGACAGGAAGUUGGGGCCUGUAACCUCGCCCACUGGUAAUGCCAAACCCAUGUCACCGGUCCCGCUGCUUGGCCAGGAUCCAAGCGAACCGGGUAGCACCACGGCUCUGAGAGUGCCACCCGCUGGAGUGGCUGAGGAUUUGGAUAUGGAGACCGAAGAAGAAGACGAUCUGAAGACUAGAGGUCUGACCGGCUUGAAAAACAUCGGCAACACCUGCUACAUGAACGCUGCCCUGCAGGCUCUGUCCAACUGUCCUCCGCUCACUCAGUUCUUCAUCGACUGCGGUGGUCUGGUCCGAACCGACAAGAAGCCGGCACUGUGUAAAAGCUACCAGAAGCUCAUUACAGACCUGUGGCACAAAAACAGACCUUCCUACGUCGUCCCGACCAACCUGUUCCAAGGCAUCAAAGCUGUUAAUCCAAUGUUUCGGGGUUACUCCCAACAGGAUUCUCAGGAGUUCCUACGCUGCCUAAUGGACCAGCUGCACGAGGAGCUCAAGGAGCUGUUAGAAGACCCGGAGGACCAGAGUCAGGCUGCGGAAGCGGACGAGGACGAGGCGAACGAGCUGGCCGAGCCUCACCAAGACAACGACGCUAACGAAGCCGAGACGCUCAUCUCGAACGAAGAGAAGGCGAGCCGAGAGCGGCAGAGGGAGAAGAACCUGAUCAACGAGCUGCACCGAGCCGACUUGGACAGGGAUGAUGACACUGCGACAAUCGUCAGCAGCCAGGGGGCGGUCAAACACGGCAAGGCCAUGGACACUAACUCAGAGAUCCAGAUCAGUAGCGGCGGUCGGCCCCAGAGCCCGAGUGCCAGCGAGAACAUCGGGUCCAAGCUGUCCAGCAGUCCCCCCAAAUCCACCCCCAUGUGGCCGAACCUCAACUCGGCUCACAAGAAAGUGAGCAUGUUUGCGCCCCCGAAGAGCAAGCGUCAGAGGAAGUAUCGCAGCAUCAUCUCUGACGUUUUCGACGGCACCAUCGUGAGCUCGGUGCAGUGCCUGACCUGCGACAGGGUGUCUGUGACUCUGGAGAACUUUCAAGACAUUUCGCUGCCCAUUCCCGGGAAAGAGGAUCUCGCGAAGCUGCACUCGGCCACGCAUCAGACGUCGCUGGCGAAGGCGGGUUCGUGCGGCGAGGCUUACGCUGCUCAGGGCUGGAUCGCGUUCGUCCUCGAGUACAUCAAGAGCUGGUUUUGGGGACCGGUGGUCACGCUGCAGGACUGUCUGGCCGCCUUUUUCGCUCGAGACGAACUCAAAGGUGAUAACAUGUACAGCUGUGAAAAGUGCAAAAAAUUAAGAAAUGGAGUCAAGUUCUGCAAAGUUCAGAGUUUGCCAGAGAUCUUAUGUAUCCACCUGAAGCGCUUCAGGCACGAGCUGAUGUUCUCCACCAAGAUCAGCACUCACGUCUCUUUCCCACUGGAUGGCUUGGAUUUGCAGCCGUUCCUGGCUAAAGACAGCUCGGCCCAGACCACCAGCUAUGACCUGCUGUCAGUCAUCUGUCAUCACGGCACGGCCAGCAGUGGUCACUACGUCGCUUACUGCCGCAAUGAUCUUAAUAACACGUGGUACGAGUUUGACGACCAGAGCGUGACCGAAGUCUCCGAGUCUUGCGUCCAGAAUGCUGAGGCCUACGUGCUUUUCUACAAGAAGAGCAGCGAGGAGGCACAGAAGGAUCGGCGGCGAGUGACAUCUUUACUCAACAUGAUGGAGCCGAGCCUGCUGCAGUUCUACAUCUCACGCCAGUGGCUCAACAAGUUCCGGACGUUUGCCGAGCCCGGGCCCAUCUCAAACCGUGACUUCCUGUGUGCACACGGAGGGGUGCCGCCACACAAGGCCUCGUAUGUUGAUGACCUCGUGGUCAUGCUGCCCCAAAACGUCUGGGAUCAUCUGUACAGCAGGUAUGGAGGAGGGCCUGCAGUGAACCAUCUGUACGUGUGUCACACCUGCCAGCUGGAGAUCGAGAAGCUGGAGAAACGCCGCAAGAAUGAGCUGGACAUGUUCGUACGGCUGAACAAGGCAUUUCAGGAGGAGGAGUCCCCCGUGGUCAUCUACUGCAUCAGCAUGCAGUGGUUCCGUGAAUGGGAGGCUUUUGUCAAGGGCAAAGACAGCGAUCCUCCAGGACCUAUCGACAACUCGAAGAUCACUGUGAACAAAAACGGCCAUGUCACGCUCAAGCAAGGUGCCGAUUCGGGUCAGAUUUCCGAGGAGACGUGGAACUUCCUUUACUUGAUCCACGGCGGCGGCCCCAUGGUGACCGUUCGACCCAGUGUGAGCCACUCGGACGCCGACGCCUCUCAGGCGGAAGAGAAGAUCGAGGUGGAGACUCGGACCCUGUAGAUGACUGGCAGCAGAUCCUUCACUUUUUGCACUCACCAUCGCCCCAUCACACGCUCUUCAUUCCCUGUGUGCAUUCCUCACAACGUAUACGCUGAUAAGCCUGGUUGAUUACACUUAUAUUUGUAUAUACACGAUGCUAAUAGUUAGUUAGUUAGCUAGUUAAUUAGUUAAAUAGGAUGUUAGGUGAAAUUGGACAGAAAUUGGAGCAUUUCGUUGAUAAAUCGAAUUUCGGGUUGUCUAAAAUGGCAGAAAAUUACCCUGUUCCCUGUCACCUGCGCGUCGUCGUUCAUCACUGAGGACAUAAAGAUAGAUUUAGCAAAUCGAUUAACUAUCAAAUUUGCGACAAUAAACAUGUCUAGAAACGUAACAUAUUUCUAUUUUUUUUAGACAAACUAUCCCUUUAAGCAGUGAGCAACAAGCUGAUCGUUCCCUCCUGCUGGGCAAGUAUUAAAAAAAGCGCUUAAGAACCAAUUACGACUAGCAGCGGGAAGAAAAAUCGCUCACUUCCUGUUCCUGUUUCUGUCUGACUGUUAGCAGACGAAUAGAAUGUGAUCUGUUGCUUUUUUUAAAGCCCUUUUUCACAAAAAAGCUUCUUUGUGAAAGACUAUGAGAAAUAUGAGUCGUACAAAUACAAAUGUUAGUUGCGAUAACGUAGCAGGGAUUUUUUUUCUUUAAUUCCCGCAAGCUUGUAUGGUCAAAUUGCGUUUUUGUAGCCUACCGAUCUGAAUCCCUGCGUCGUUACACACUGGUGUUCACUUUAGACGUCGAAUGGUUCGCUGCUAGCAUGAGUUCCAGCACGCUAACGGUAAUGCCUAACACUAAACAAUUGCGCUAUUAGAAGUGGGCUAACGCAGGAGGUCGAACUUGCACGUCAUUUUGCUCGAAGACAAAACACCGUCUUAUACUCCGGAAAAUACGGCGAUCUCAGGAAAGCGCUUUUUUCCCUCUUUUUCUCUUUCUUUGAGCACUGUUUAAGCAACGCAUGCUCCGACUCUGAAGUCCGGAUCUGAAUGUACUUGUAAUUAAAGAGCUCUGAAAGGUUUUCCCCUCUCUCAAGGUUAUGUCACUUGCUAGAUUUAUUUUUUUUUUUUUGGUCCCUCCGGAAAGCUAGCCCCGAUCACGAACGCAUGCUCGCAGGAAAUCCGGAGCUCUUCUCGAUCGCAUGGUGACGCUGAAACGACGUACGUUCUGAAAUGAUGUAAAUGUAAAAAUGGAGAGACAAGAUACAGACUGUUAAAGCUUGUUUAAACGCAGUCGUUUUUGUAUAUAACAAUUAAUUUCUGUAUAUAUAUAUAUAUAUAUAUAUAUAUAUGUUUUGUUUUUUUGUUUUAAUUUUCCCCGAAUGCUGUAUCUGUGAAUUGUAAAAAUGUGCAUUUUGAUUAUUUUAUUUUAUUUUAUUUUUGGGGAGGGGGCUGAAAUUAAACUAUGCUGUGAAAAAAUUAUUAUAAUAAUUGAGACUGCGUGUGGCAUAAAGGAGAAAAACUGUUUUAUUCAUGUGAAAUGUC